AUGGAUAUUGAUUCCGAACCUAUAUCAUCAUCCAAUACUGGCAUGUCAAAUUUGGAUGAAGAUUUAAUGGAAAGAUUACGAUCAAUUACAACAAGUAAUCGUGAAGAUUUAAUUGCACAAUUUCGUUCAACUACAAAUGCGAUAUUAACAGAUGAGGGUUGUGCUUUUUUUCUUGAAAUGAGUAAUUGGAAUUUAAAUGAAGCUAUACUUGCUUAUUAUGAUGCUGAAAUGCCAACAGAUAAAAUUCCUCAAAUGCGUUUUGUUGCUGAUGUUACCGUUGGUGAAGGCGAAGCCAUUCCACCUAAUACAAGAUUUGUAAAAACUUGGCGUGUAGAAAAUAAUGGUAGUGAACCAUGGCCAAGUAAUUGUUCAUUACGUUUUGUUAAUGGUGAUCGAUUACAAGAUCGAGAUGAUAUUUAUGUUGGUACAUUAGCACCAGGUGAACAAACAAAUAUUUCUGUUGAUAUAACCAGUCCAACUACGUCGAAAAUAAUUAGAUCACAAUGGCGUCUAUUUACAUUAGCUGGUGUACCUUUUGGAGAUCCGAUAUGGUUAAUUGCUAGUGUUGAAGAAGGAGGAUUAAUGGGUAUAACUCAACAACUUGAACAAUGUCAUUCACUAGGUAUGAAUGUGAAUAAUUAUCCACAACAAAUGACCAAUCAAAUGGGUAUACAACAAUCACCUAAUAAUUUACUUUAUCAAACAUCUCCGACAAAUCCAUUUCAAUCUACGAGAUGGUCUAAUUCAGAUGCUAGUAAUGUAACUGGCUGGACGAAUUAUCCCAUUGUACCUGUCACAGAAUAUUCCCGAACGAAUAAUAUUAAUCAUCAACCAUCAGAUCCAUCUGCAUCUUCAAAUGGAAUGGUAGAUGAUAAUUCUCUAGACACAUUUUAA